UCUCUCCUUUUGUCCCCUCCUCUCGUCGUCCGCCAUUUUGGGAGUCAAGCGGCCACGGAGCGGGCCCCGCUCUCCUCUCCUCCUCCGCGCUCCAGACGAUGGUUCACACGUGUGUGGUGACCGGCUGCAGGAACAGGAGGACCCCGGGCACCGGCCUCUCCUUCUACCGCUUCCCCCGGGACCCGGACAGGAAGCAGCGGUGGAUCGAAGCUGUGAACCGGGAGGGCUGGGUCCCUAACGACGGCAGCAGACUGUGUAGUACUCACUUCAUCUCAGAUUUUUCACCACCAGUGUUUCCACAUGCAGGUAAACAGGUGAAGAAUCCACGUUCGGCAGAUUAUGUUCCCUCUGUGUUCACCACAGCUCCCUUAUCCCCAGAGAUGAAGGAGCCGGGUGCCGUGGAGAUCCUGGACAAGCAGGAGGCCCGCGUGGAGGCGGCCAACGCCUUGUUGUUCCUCCAGGGCCAGGGCAGCACUGCGGUGGGUGAGCGGGUCCAGGAGGAGCAUCCCGAGGAGAGGGAGCAGGAGGCCAUCGUGGAGGAAAGUGCGUCCUCCUCCCUCAGCACUGACGAUGAGGAUGAGGAUGAAUCUGUGAGUGACAGUAAGAAAGGAAAGUUCGAUGCCCCCGUGAACUUUGAAGACAUCCUGAGAGCCCUGAAGAAGGAAAACCAGGCCCUCAGGGAGUCUGUGGAGAAAAUGUCUCUGUCCGAGAACUCUUUGAGGAACGAUGCGGAGAAAGUCAAGUUUUACACGGGUUUACCAAACUACUUUGUCUUAGAGACGGUCAUGUGGCUGCUGGCUCCGCACAUGGACGGGAUGAAGAAUGUCCGGCUCUCCAAGUUCCAGCAGCUGCUGCUCACACUGAUGCGGCUCCGCCUGGACCUCCGCAACCAGGACCUGGCGUACCGCUUUGGCGUGAAAGUCGGCAUGCUAACCAAAACAGUGCACCGGAUGGUCAACAUCAUGUCCUCCACUCUGGUGCCGACGGCCGUCUUCUGGCCCUCCAGAGCCGAGCUCCGGAAGAAUCUGCCGGCAGCUCUGCGCACCUCCCACCCUGACUGCGCUGUUAUCAUAGACUGUUUCACCGUGCCUUUCGAGGAGCCGGUUUCCCGGGGCAACCAGCAUCAGCAGCAGCAGAGGGUGGCGCCAUCCUCUCAGGGUGAAGGGACAAGUUAUAAUGUGUUGAAGUACCUGAUUGGUGUGGCUCCGCAAGGAGUCGUCACCUUCGUGUCCAGGGGUGUGCUGGGAAACGUCAGUGACAAGACUCUGGCUGAGGGUUGUGGAUUUCUCUGCAAACUGCUCCCAGGCGACGUCGUGUUGGCGGCUCGCAAUCUUGACAUUGCAGAUUCCGUGGCUGCCCGUGGAGCCUUGUUUAAAAUAGCUUACAGCUACCAAGGAGAGGCGAGUGGGAGCUCGGAGGGCUCGCCGCUCGCAGAUUCUUCCUCUGAGGCGGUGAGCGUGCAGAGGCAUGUGGAGAGGGUGAUCUCCAUGGUGAAGCGGAGAUACGCCAUGCUCACCGGCCCCGUCGAGAGCCCCUUCACCGCGGCCUCUGAGCGCACGUCGAACCUGUCAACCUUUGAUAAGAUUGUGCAAGUUGCUUGUGCCUUAAACAACCUGUGCAUCUCUGCUGCUCCACUAGAGUGAUUCGUACAGAAACACCUGGUGAUCCUUACUGCUGGUCAGGCACUUAAAAUCCCUUUACUGCUUUGGACCUUACGCCAUGCUCUCACACUUCAUCCCUGUGUUACUACUACACGAUUACUACUGGAAGUUAAUUUACACUAAUCCACUUUAAUUCUCACUCAGAGGGUGUGUGUGACUCACUGUUACCUUGGGCAGGAUAUACUUGGAAACAGGAGCUUCUCACAAAUCCACAAACCACAUCACUGAAGCCGUUUCAGACAUGAACUGUGGGUGAAAAUCCGGAGAGGUAGCCUUGUAUGAGUAAGAUGAAUUUUUUAUAUAUGUCCUCAGCCAUUUGUAAGGAGGUACGGUAUAUAAACUGCAGUGUGGGUGGUGCUGCCAGGCAAGAGUCUGCAAGUUUUUGUCAUUCCCAGCAAACGCAGCUGACUUCACAGAUUAUUUUCUCCCUUUGCAGGACACACAAUACAAAGAGAUGCAGCCCAGAACGGGUUCGAUUAAAAAGCAUGCACAGUGCAGCUUCAGCUCUGAGAUGAACAUUUCUGCUGCUCGUUCAUCUUGCAGGGACACACACACGGUUAAUGAGGGUUGGGAUGAAAUACUGGGAAUGUAUUUUCACACACUUGCUAGCUAGAGUCAAGAAUACACUCACCAUGGGAUAAGUCUGGUUUUGAUUGAUGUGAUGCACAAUACACACGCUCGACCAAUCAUGAGUCAGACUCAGCUGUCAAUCAUCAAAUCUGCACUCGAACAAACAUCCAUGUUAAGAACAACCUCAAAUAAUAGAAACCCUCGUAGUUUGGUCCAUGUCCCAUCCGCUAACAUGGAGAAAGAAUGGACAAAUAAAUGUUUCUCAUAGAUGUCGUAUGAGACAGUUCUAUCACACUGAGGUUUGGAUUUAAUUAGUUAUUUGAUGACGUAAACAUUCGAGAAGCAUCAAGAUAGACAGCUGAACCGACUCAUGAUUGGUCAAGCACGUGUAUAGGCGGGACUGUCCGUGCCUCCAAAUAACAUGAGCUGUCAACACUCCAGAAUAUUUUGUCUUCAUAUUAUUGACAGAGGGAGGAAGUGGAGAUGAGUCUUUCAUCUUUAAUUUUCUGCCACUGGGACCUUUAAUGUGUAAUUAAACAUGAUGUCAAUAUUUACUAUGCCAUCUAGUGUGUAACAACAUUUCUGCAUGUAUGUUUUUUUUAAAGAUGUUCAUACAGUGUUUCUCCAAACUGUCUAAACCUUCACAUUGAAUACAAAGUUUGAGAUUUUUUUUUUUUUUAAAUAUUCCGGUGCGAGGUUGUUCCUCAUGUUUCCAGAUUCAUUUUAAGUUAAAAUACUUUUGUGUUAUUGUCACAUAGAGCCGGACAAACUCACAGGCAGCCGCUUGUGCACUGAGACUAAGAUCCAUUCUCCUACAUGCUUCUGCAAUUCUCCACAGUCACACAGCGUCAAAUCAUCAUUGCGAGUAAUUGGAGUAAAUAGCGUUAUGAAAGGAAAGAUUUCCCGAAGGCGACCAGUGUUCGUUCUGGGUUGAGACAGCGCAAGUGUUGCUGAUGAGGUUGUUGGGCCGAGUGCGUCGGCCUCGCCUCUUGGAGAAUGUACGUUUUAAUUUGUGACCGAUUCAUUCUCAUCACCGGCUUUGUUCAAUGUGUUCGGCUCUAAUUGAUUGUAUCCGUGCUGAACCGUGACUACAUACCACUGAGAAGAGUACAAAGCCGGAGGCUGGUUUCAAGAAUGGUUACCAGCCACUGGAAUGCUGUUUUUAAACAGUUUGUCAAUUUCGGCUCCUAUAUGGGUUUUCGUGUCCUCAUUUGAAAUGAAAAAUAUCUUCAGUGUAACCUGUGUGAACAAAAACUCUGUCCGCUGAAACGCGUCUUCUGUUGUCCUGCGUUGCCGAUGCCUUAGUUUGUUAAGCUGCUGUUACAAAUCAGCCUUUUCCGCAGAUCUUUAUUUCUGCAUCCUACUAUACGCUUUAGACUAUUUUUCUAGUUUGGCUACGAAGCUAAAUGUGUGUAAACACUCAGCACUGAAGUGUAAAUCAUCUUUCAUCACCGCUCACUCAGAUCUGUGUGUGCACAGUGAGAAAUGUCCCCCUUGUACCAUUUAAUGUGUACAAACGAUGUUAAAUGGAUGGAUUGUACAUUUCAACAGUGGUUCUUGUGCUUUGGCUCAGGGUCUGUAUUUAAUCGAAGAAGGUUUUUCACACAUUGAGAAGCUUGAUCCAGCGACAAAGAGGAAACUGUGUCAGUUCUGGUGUACGGCUUUAGAAGAUGUCCGGUUCAUGAGCAGCGUUUUCACAGAUCUGCAUGUUGUGGUGCCCCAAAGUGGACUGUGCCUUCUGUACUCAGGCCCCUGCAUAUUCUUGUCUUUCACUGGUUGUGUUUGUCAUGUGUUCUGUGUAUUCCUUGAGGUUCCACAUCAAACUAAAACUAAAAAUGUCUCGUAUUACCUUCGCCAAGGACGCUCUGUUUCCACCCUUGUCCGUGUAUGUGUUUGUAAGCAAAAUGACAAACGACUGAAGGGAUUUCAAUGAACCUUGAUGGAAGUUUACAGGAUGGGUCUUUAACACAGAAAUGCUUCCUCCCACAAUUAAAUUUGCAAACCUGAAUGCUUGUUGGUUAAAAGAUGAAGAACACAUGAGAGUUGCUGCUACACUGAGAGUAAUCAUUUUUAAUUAACAUUAAGACAUAGUUCUAGAUACUGUGCUGUCUCUUUUUCCUUGGAUUUUCUUGUUGUAUUACUGUUGCCACCUCUGAAACCACCUUGUUGGGGGUUGGCAUCAGGGAACACCAGUGUUAAAGGGGAAAUCUGGUAUUUUUCAACCUCGUAUUUGUAUUAAAGAUUAAUUGCAUGGUACCUAGAAGACCUUUGGAUGCAGUAGAUAGCUUCCAACCUGGGGCCACUGCGACAGUCCACAAAAUGUCCUCCCAGGAUAAAAAGUUUUAGCUUUUUAUUGAAAAAAAAAGCACCUUUUGUCUCGAUAUGUCGCAGCUGCCCCGUGUCACUGCUGCCGACUCUUCUGAUUCCAAUAGUUUUUAUACCAUUCAUUUACACACAAAUAUUUAGAAACAUAUAGAUCAGAUUGAAAAAUAACAAAAUGUCCCUUACAGGAAUAGUUAAUACACUUUAUGAGCAAAAUGUUGAUAAAAAUGUUUCCUUUAGUUCUUCUGGGUUUUGCUUUGCAUUCAACAGCAAAUAGGAAAUUGACUCUCGAAACAGUUUGAUGUCUUAAGUUCUUUAAGUUGUUAUUGUGCGUCUCCACGACACCUCUACUGUCACUGUUGGCCUUUACUGUUACGGGUGCAUGUGCUUCCAUGUUUAAUGGCUCCACCUUUUCUUCAUUAGUUCCUCUGUGAGUGAUUAAAUAAAGUCUUGGGAAAU